AUGGCUCGCCUAUUGAAGGGAAAGUUCGGCAUCGUCACCGGCGGCUCGCGGGGCAUCGGAGAGGCCAUCGCCAAAAACCUCGCUAGCAAAGGCUGCUCACUCCUCCUGAACUUCACCUCCGAGUCCUCGCGCUCACGAACCGAAGAGCUCUGCAAGUCCCUCGCAAAAACGCACUCUAUCCGCUGCGUCUCCGUGCAAGCCGACCUCUCCAAGCCCCAAGAGGCCGUGUCCGCAAUCCUCAAGGCCGCAUCUGAGCACUUCCCAAACACCACAAUCGACAUCCUCAUCAACAACGCCGGCGUCUCCGCAGACCGAACCCUUAAUGACGCCGAGAAGGGCCCCAUCGACACAGACUACUUCAACUGGCAAUAUAACAUCAACGUCCUUGCUCCGCUCCUCCUCACGCAAGCCGUCGCCCCGCACCUCCCAACCAACCGCACCGGCCGCAUCGUGAACAUCUCCUCCGUCUCCUCGAGCCUCGGCUUCAUCGGGCAAUCCGUGUACGGAGGCACAAAGGCCGCGCUGGAAGCCAUGACACGGACAUGGGCGCGCGAGCUUGCGGACCGCGCCACGGUUAAUGCCGUGAACCCCGGCCCGGUCUCCGGCGACAUGUACUUCAAUACGGGCGAGGGCUUCUGGAAGCAGAUUCAGGGGUUCCAGGAUGGGACGCCGCUCAGCAAGCUUGUUGAUAAUGUGGAUGAAGACCCUGUGCUCAAGGAGAUUGGGUUGACUGACGAGCAAAAGCGGCUUGUUAGGGAGAAGAUGGGCGGGCGGAGGCCCGCGUUUACGGAGGAGGUUGCGGGGGUUGUGGGGAUGCUUUGUACUGCUGAUGGCGGGUGGUGUACGGGGAGUGUGGUUUGUGCGAAUGGGGGAAUGAAGUUUACUGUUUAG